AUGUCAGCGUGUGAUAGCACCAUACGUGGAAGGGAUCAUCACCACCGUCACAGUCAUCGUCUAGGAUAUUCGAAUUUGUCGUCAUCGUCGUCGUCGUCGUCACCAUCGUCGCCGUCGUGGUCGUCGUCGUCGUGGUCGUGGUCGUGGUCGUGGUCGUCGUGGUCGUCGUCAUCUCGUCGUCAUCCGGUUCAGCAGGAUCGCCGGCCGUUGACUUCUGAUCUUCUACUUGCCAGUGCAUUCCGCGUUUCUAGGCACGAAUAUUAG